AUGGCAACGAAGACUGAAACAUCACCACCAUCCUCUACAACCACCACCACCACCACCACCACUCUUGCAAUGACCACCACCACCACCAACCCUAAUCGAACCAGAAUCACAACAACUACCACUCGAACUCAAGUCAUUGCAAGUACUGAAGAAUUACUUCUCCGAAAUCAACAACAACAACAACAACUUGAACAGAAUCUCGUUCCAUAUACCCAUUCAAGUCUUCAACAUGAUCAUCAUCCUUCUGAAUCGUCCUCAAGUCAAGACGAUCAUGAUGAAGACAAUGACACCUUGGAUGACCAUUUGAGUGUGUUGGCUGAAGAUGAUUAUGUCUCAUCCUCAGACCUUGAAUUUCAUCACAUUUCAUCUCAACAGUUGGAUCAUCAAGCACCACUGAAAGUACCUUCAACAACUGUCCUCGCCAUCACCACCCAUCCAUCCGCACUCACCAAGAAGGAUGACUCUGUCACUUGUCCAGAAGUAUCACCACCAUACCAACUUGAACAUCCUUCUGUUGGUGAUGGUGGUCAUGGUGAGAAGAAUUCGAGUCGAAUUGAUGGAGGUAAAUAUAAUGGUGGUAGUAAUGGUGGUAGUAAUGGUGGUGGUCCUUUCACUGCUGCUGCUGCUACCAUUCAUUUGAAUGAUCAAAAAACAACGUUUUCUCAACGACUACGACGACUUGAUCUUUUCAAACAUCAUUUCAAAUCUCAACUCAUUCCCUGCAUGUCCAUGACUUCUAUUCUAUUGACCAUUUCAGCUCUUAUUAUUAUAUGGGUGAUGGUUACUUUACCUUAUCAAGAUGUGACUACUAAACCCUUUGUCAAUCUCAUGACUUUAAGAGCUUCCAUUCUUGCAAGAUAUGUUGCCAUGAAAGGUUUUGCUCGAUUUCAUGUCACCAAUAAUUUCACAUCCAUCUAUUCACCUGCUUCUACUUAUUCCUCUUAUUAUUAUUAUAAGAAUUUAUUGAAUGUAUCCAUGAUGAAUUUGACUCAGAUUUUACCUUCUGAUUUUCAACAUGAAUUUCUCAACUACACUCGAGACUCUAACAUUCCAUUUCAAUAUCCAAUUGUACAAUUAUGGGAUCAAGUAUUGAUUGGGCCAACCAUUUAUCAAAGACUUGGUUUCAAUGCCACCACGAAUCAAACACGAGUCAUUACCUAUUUAAAUAAUACAGCCUAUAGAAUUGCUAAAAGGACCUAUGCCUCUCCUGAAUAUUCACAACUCUUUCUCUCCUAUGAAUCUCUUUUUAAUAGUUUUAUUGGAAAUUUAACACAAUAUUGUACAAGAAUUGAAGAUACAGCACGUGCAUCGUAUAUUGUCACCAUAUGUGUGAUUAGUUUUUGUUUUCUUGUGGUCAUUCCUGUCAUGAUUCUUGUCUUGAUGUUUAUUAUCAAGAGAGAUUCUCAGAAUGAAAAAUUAUUGAAUCAUACUUCUCAACAUUUAUUGAAAGAAACUUUAUUAGAUCCAACUCUGAGAAAUGCAUUCAAAUUGUAUUGUAAAGAGAAAGGGUUGGAGAGUACCAUGAAUAUUCUUGAAAAAGUCAUGAGCUAUAAGGAACAUUGUAAAGUUUCACAUUCCAUUCAAAUGAAAUUAUUUGAAUUGACACAUGAUUAUGUGAAACAAUACAAGAAUAGUAAUAAUAGUUUUAGUGGUGGAAAUAAUUUUGGUGGUACUAGUUUUGGUACUAGUUUUAGUGGUGGUGGUGGAGGUGGUGGAGGUGGUGGUUUGGGAAAGAAUUCACCUCCUCUCAAUAAUUCCUCUCAAUUAUUCGAUCGAAAAGCUUUGGUCCUCUUCAACAUCUCAAAUGAAGCCAAUAAGAAAAUUAUUCAUCAAGAAUUGAUCAAAUCUCAACUUUGUUUUGAGAUUAUUGAUGAAUUGAGAGAAGACACAAAUGUGAAACAACUCUCUUUAGGAGCCAAUCUUGUUCGAAUCAUUGAUGAAAUGACCAAACUCUAUGAUCAAUACAACAAUCGAAAGGACCUCUUGGAAGAGAUGGAUCUAUUACCUCCACAUUUAAUGGAUGCAUUGGAAAAGGAAUUGAGUGAUAGUUUGGCAUUGACUCAUUUGAAUUUUAAAUCCUCUUAUCUUCAAAGGAUAUGUUCACCACCACACUUGUUACAACAACAACAAGAAGAAGAAGGAUUGAAUGAUGCGAACAGUGGUACCACUGGUGGUAGUGAUGAGUUUAUGAAAGUAGAAAUUCCCAACUCUGAGAUGAUGAUGGUGUUGGACUCUCCUUCACAACAAGUAUAA